ACCCAACAACAACAACCUCAAAUGAGUGAAGGAACUCGUUCGGCCCGGUCGGGGAGAUGAGAAAGCGAGUUGUUGUGUGAUGUUGGAGAUGCGGAUCGGUCGAUGAUGUCCGCUUUCUUUCUGGGUUGGUGCCUCGGACCGCUGAUGUUCUGGCUGGUGCAGGCCAACACCAUACCCGGACCUCAGGACUGCGAACUUGCCCGCGCCAAGUGUGCGUAUAGGGCCAGUUGUUACAAAUCACUCCACAGUUACAUGGUGGACUGUGCCGAUGUUCUGGCAGGACGAACUACUAGAUGCCCUUACGCUUGUCAAAGAGCCCUCAUAUCUUUGACAAGCACAGAGUUCGGGAUGUCUCUCUCCAACUGCGAUUGCGGGGACAAUGAGUUCUGUAAAGUCAGCAAGGAACGCAUAGAAGUGUGCCGGCCUGAGGUCAGCCACGCGACGGCGGAUGACACUGUGGUUUCGUGUUCCGUUGCCAAAUGGAUCUGCGCUGCGGACACUCUCUGUUCGACAGCCCUGGACUAUUACCACAGGUUGUGCAGGCCUAUGUUCCACGGGCGUAAAUGCACGCCCCGCUGCAACAACAGUCUUGCCAUCCUGGAUCGGCAGGAGAAGGCCACCAAGCUCAAAGACUGUUAUUGUGAUGGUACCGAAGACUUCCCCUGUCACAACAUCAAGAGAAACACUCAAAAGCUGUGUUAUGGAAAUGAUGACUGGAAUGGUGAUCAUCAUUUUCCAGUGACAACUCCAGAAACUCAGUCCAGUAGUAGUACCGGAACUCCUUAUGGUCUCUUGUUCUACCUCAUAGUAUGUACUCUGCCUUUGCUGGCUUGUAGGACUAGUGACGGUGUGAGUCAUCUACCUCUGUCCAAAACUAGUGAAUCAACUGUCCAUGCCAGAGAUUUGAUCGAUGGCGAUCAAGUAGUGACGAUUUCUCACGCUACAAAACAUUGGCCAUGGUGGUGGACUUCAGAGAACGUAAACUGAAAAAAGUGAAUUGAUCGAAUGACAACUGGCCCUAAAGCUUGUGAACCCGGUGAGCAGAUUAUUCGAAAAUAUGUUGACAACUCUUCCCUCAUCUUAUUUGUACAAAAUGCGUGUUAUCUAUUUCCUACAGAUAAUUCUACUGUUCCUCAUUUCUUCAAACAUUUGGAAUCAGAAAAUGUUGUACUGUGAGCUAUGAUUGUAUCGUCAAGAAUGAAUCCAGUAUUUUCUAGUUUAUCCGUUUUUUGCUCCAUAUUUUUCAGCAAUUUCAAGUAUAUAAUGUUUUCCCUCUAUUUCAUUCUGUUUUUGGUAUAUUUUAAGUGCAAAUUUCCACAUCUAAUACUUAAAUGAUAUUUGUUUAGUCAAAAUGAACAUAUUUUCGACUUGUUUUCUGUGGGAGAACAUAAAAUUAUUUGUUUACAUUGACUGUCGUCUUCUAAAUAGUUUGCACUAGAAUUAAUUUACUAGAUUUAUUUCAGUUUAGUAACUUACUAUGCAUAUCAGUUAACAAAAAAAUUUUUGUCAAAUGUUUCAUUUUUGUUUGAUUAAGAUUCUUAAAAACAACAUAGCUAUACUUCCAAAAAAAAAGCCUGUUCGUUU